GGGGAUUGAACGGAGCGGGGCAUGUGGAUAUUGGCAUUUCUCUUUCUCCAGAGCAUUCUGAAUGUUUUCGGUGAAGAUCUACGUUCCAGCUUAUAUUUUGUCAAUGCAUCUCUGCAAGAGGUAGUGUUCUCCAGCACCACAGGGGCACUGGUGCCCUGCCCUGCUGCAGCCGUGCCCCCCGCCACGCUGCGCUGGUACCUUGCCACCGGGGAAGAGAUCUACGAUGUCCCAGGCAUCCGCCAUGUGCAUCCCAAUGGCACGCUGCAGAUCUACGGCUUCCUGCCGUCCAGCUUUAGUAACCUAAUCAAUGACAAUACCUACUAUUGCACAGCGGAAAACCCAGCAGGAAAGAUCAGGAGUCAAGAUCUCCACAUUAAUGCUGUAUUCCGGGAGCCGUACACAGUUCGUGUGGCUGACCAGAGAGUCAUGCGGGGGAAUACGGCUGUCUUCAAGUGCAUUAUCCCGGCCUCAGUCGAGGAGUACGUCACUGUUUUAUCAUGGGAGAAAGACACAGUAUCACUUGUCUCAGGAUCAAGAUAUCUUAUUACAUCCACGGGGGCCUUGUAUAUUCUGGAUGUGCAGUCAGAGGAUGCAGUGAAUAUUUAUCGCUGUACCACGCGGCACCGAUACACAGGGGAGACCAGACAGAGCAACAGUGCCCGACUACUUUUAUCAGAACCUGUGGACUCUGCUCCAGUGAUUCUGGAUGGCUUUGAGAGGAGGGAGGUUAUGGUAGGUCAUCGGGUGGAGCUCCCGUGUAAAGCAUCUGGUCACCCGCCACCCAGGUACCGCUGGCUGAGGGACAACAGCCCCAUAGAGUCAGACAGCCGGUACCACCAGAGUGUGUCAGGCCUUCUCAUCGAGGCCACACGACCCAGUGACGGAGGCAGUUAUGUGUGUGAGGUGUGGAACAGCUUCGGUAAUGCCAAAGUAGUUGGACGACUCGUGGUCAAACAGCCUUUGAAAGCAGUGGUGAGCCCGCGCAAAGUGCGUGGCAGCGUGGGUAGCCAAGUGUCGCUGUUCUGCAGUGUGACUGGUUCUGAUGAGUAUGACAUCACCUGGUACAGGAACGGUGAGAGGAUUUAUCCCGGUAUAAAUGUACGCAUCACAGGCAUCAACAACGAGAAUCUAGUGAUGGAGGGAAUGGCUAAAAGUGAUGGAGGAGCAUAUCAGUGCUUCGCCCGAAAUGGAAAGAUGUCCACACAAGAUUUAGUUCAGGUCAUCUUGGAAGAUGGGACACCAAAGAUCCUCUCUGCUUUCAGUGAGAAGGUGGUGAGCCCGAACGAGCCCAUCUCGCUGGUGUGUCACGUGAAAGGAACCCCUCUCCCCACAGUUACCUGGACCCUGGACGACGACCCUGUCAUCAAAGACAGCAACCAUCGCAUGGAUCGCAUCAUCACCACGGAAGGCCACGUGCUCAGCUACCUGAAUGUGUCACAUACGCAAGUCAGUGACGGCGGCGUCUACCGCUGCACCUGCAACAACUCCGCAGGAUCGGUCUCGUACCAGGCUCGAAUAAACGUAAGAGGUCCUGCCAGUAUUCGACCAAUGAAAAAUGUCACUGCCAUCGCUGGGAGAGACACAUACAUUCACUGUCGCAUCAUUGGUUACCCGUACUACUCUAUUAAGUGGUAUAAGGAUUCCAAUCUGCUCCCGUUCAACCAUCGCCAACGUGCCUUUGAGAACAACGGCACACUGAAGCUGUCCAAUGUGCAGAACUCUGAUGAGGGAGAGUACACAUGCUAUGUGCUGGUCGACCCAGAGAAACAAAUUCACAGGAGUGUCCAUGUGACAGUGAAAGUGCCGCCUCUGAUUCAACACUCGGACUCUCAGAGCGCUUCCAUUGGUCAGCGUGUCUUCAUCCCCUGUGUGGUCAUAUCUGGCGAUCUGCCCAUGUCUAUCACCUGGCACAAAGACGGACGGCCAAUCAAUGCCAGCCUGGGCGUCACCAUCGACAACAUAGACUUUACAAGCUCUUUACGCAUUUCAAACCUGUCGGAAAUUCAUAACGGCAGUUACACCUGCAUUGCCCGCAACGAGGCGGCAGCCGUUGAGCACAGUAUCCAGCUCAUUGUUAAAGUUCCACCACAUUUUGAGGUGCAGCCGAGAGACCAGGAUGGCAUUUAUGGGAAAUCAGUGAUCCUGAAUUGUUCGGCAAAGGGAAAUCCAAUCCCCACUAUAGUGUGGAACCACUCGAAAGGUGCUGGUGUACCACAGUUCCAGCCCAUUGCCCUGAACUCUGGCUCUCGUAUCCAACUGUUGGAAAAGGGCUCUCUGCUCAUCAAACACGUCCUGGAGGAAGAUGCUGGAUUUUAUCUGUGCAAGGUCAGCAAUGACGUGGGAGCCGAUAUCAGCAAGAGCAUGUACCUCACCGUUAAAAUUCCUGCCAUGAUCACCUCUUACCCCAACACUACACGAGCAGAGCAGGGUCAUAUGACUGAGAUGAGCUGCACUGCUCAUGGUGAAAAGCCCAUCAAGGUUCGGUGGGAAAAGGAAUCUCAUAUCAUUAACCCAGACAUGAACCGCUAUGUGGUGGCUGUGAAGGAAGUGGGCGAUGAGGUCAUAUCCACCCUGCAGAUCUUACACACUGUCAGAGAGGAUUCUGGCUUUUUCUCUUGCAUUGCCAUCAACUCUUAUGGUGAAGAUAAGGGAAUCAUUCAGCUCAUAGUGCAAGAUCGUCCAGACCCUCCAGAGGUUGAGAUCAGAGAGGUUAAGGAUCGCACCAUUGCCCUCCGCUGGACGAUGGGCUUUGAUGGCAACAGCCCUAUUACAGGAUAUGACAUCAACUAUAAGAACAAAUCAGCCUCAUGGGCCUCAUCUCAAAUGACCAAAGACGUCUCCCCUCAACUGAAUCAGGCCACCAUCAUUGAACUCCACCCUGCCUCUACCUACAACAUCCGAAUGUUUGCCAAAAACCAGAUUGGAGAAAGCAGACCAAGCAAUGAGCUCACAAUCACCACAGAUGAAGCUCCACCUGAUGGCACUCCUCAAGACGUGCAGCUAGAGGCAAUAUUAUCCCAAAGCAUCAAAGUCACAUGGAAGCCCCCCCUCAAACACCUGCAGAACGGUUUGAUCCGUAGCUACCAAGUGUGUUAUCGGGAGUUCGGGACAGGGGGUAGCCCACAGUACAACACCAUCAACGUCGACACCACGGGGGACACUGAAACCAUCACACUGGACAACUUGAAGAAGUACACUCAGUAUGAGGUGCGGGUGCAGGCGGCCAACCGCGCAGGCAUGGGUCCUACCUCAGAGGAGAUGACCAUCACCACACUAGAGGACGUGCCCAGUCGCCCACCUGAGAAUGUUGUGACCACAGCGACCACCCCCGAAACCAUCUCUCUGUCCUGGUCUGCUUUGCCAAAAGAGGCACUCAAUGGCAUGCUCCUGGGGUACCGGGUCAUCUACUGGGCCAACCUACCCGAUGGAGAGCUGGGAGAUAUCAGGAAUAUCACCACCACCAAACCUUCAUUAGAGCUAGAACGGCUGGAAAAAUACACUAACUACAGUAUCCAGGUGUUGGCCUUCACUCGGGCUGGAGAUGGUGUCCGCAGUGAGCAGAUUUAUACACACACUAAAGAGGAUGUUCCUGGCCCUCCGGCUGGAGUUAAAGCUGCUGCCUCCACCAGCUCUGUAGUGUUUGUGUCCUGGUUGCCUCCACUCAAGCUCAAUGGAAUCAUCCGGAAAUACACCGUCUUCUGCUCCAACCCUUACCCCACGGUGAUCAGUGAGUUCGAGGCUGCUCCUGAUGUUUACUUCCGUCGUUUGACCAACUUGAAUCAGAACUGGCAGUAUAGCAUCUGGGUGGUGGCAGUGACUGCAGCAGGUCGUGGGAAUGCCAGUGAAAUUAUCACUGUAGAGCCUCAAGCUAAAGCCCCCGCUCGAAUCCUGACGUUCAGUGGCACUGUGACCACACCCUGGAUGAGAGACAUCGUCCUUCCCUGCAAAGCUGUUGGAGAUCCUCCACCAACCAUCAAGUGGCUGAAGGGAAAUAAUGGUACACCCGUUCCGGUUUCCAUUGAUGGCCGCCGCAGUGCCCACAGCAAUGGCAGCUUUGUUAUUCGCACAGUGAAAGCAGAAGAUUCUGGGUACUACAGCUGUGUUGCCAGUAACAACUGGGGUUCAGAUGAGAUCAUGCUUAACCUUCAAGUCCAAGUACCUCCUGACCAACCACGCCUGACAGUUACAAAAACCACCACCACUUCCAUCACACUGUCCUGGAUCCCUGGAGAUAAUGGAGGAAGCUCCAUCAGAGGGUACAUUCUGCAGUAUUCUGAGGAUAACAGUGAAGAGUGGGGCAGUUUCUCCAUCAGCCCCAGUGAGCGAGCUUACCGUUUGGAAAAUCUGAAGUGUGGCACCUGGUACAAAUUUACUCUGACUGCUCAGAAUGCUGUUGGUCCUGGCCGUAUCAGUGAGAUAAUUGAGGCUAAAACCCACGGGAAAGAGCCACAGUUCGCCAAAGACCACGAGCUUUUCACAAGUGUCAACUCUACCCGUGUGGAGCUCAACCUGAUUGGCUGGAACAACGGUGGCUGUCCAAUCGACUCUUUCACACUGGAGUAUCGGCCGGUGGACACUACGAAGUGGACCAUGGUGAAGCGAGAUUCCCUCACCAAGAGCCAUGCUCUGUAUGAUCUGCAGGAGGCCACCUGGUAUGAGCUGCAGAUGAGGGUGGGCAACAGUGCGGGAAUGGCAGAGAAGAGGGUGAUGUUCGCUACUCUGAAUGUGGAUGGCAGCACAAUUGCUCCAUUGCCAAAGACGGUGGACCCCAGUCAGGAGAAUAGACAGGGCAACGAGGGACUGAAGAUGAUGGUCACAAUCAUCUGCAUUCUGGUAGCCAUCUCCAUGGUCUUCAUUGUUCUUCUGGUGUUGAGGAGGAGGAGGAGAGAGCAGAGACUCAAGAGGCUACGAGAUGCAAAGAGCCUGGCGGAAAUGCUAAUGAGUAAAAAUGCUCGUACACCAGACACCGCGAACAAACAGCAGCAGACGCUGAGAAUGCACAUCGAUAUCCCACGAGCUCAGCUACUCAUCGAGGAGAGAGACACUAUGGAGACAAUUGAUGACCGCUCCACGGUGCUGUUGACGGACAAUGACUUUGGAGAAACAUCUAAACAGAAGUCUUCAACCGUCACGCAUACAGUGCACUACCAGUCUCUGUCCCAGGCCACUGGACCACUUGUAGACGUGUCUGACGUUAGACCUGGUACAAACCCUACGGCCCGCCGCACAGCUAAAGCCGGCCCUGCCACACGCAGCCGCUAUGCCAGCCAGUGGACCCUGAACCGCCCCCAUCCUCCCGUCUCUUCACACACUCUCACUACAGACUGGAGGCUGCCCACACCCCGUGCCACAGGCUCAGUCGAUAAAGAGAGUGACAGCUACAGUGUCAGUCCCUCUCAGGACACAGAUCGCGCUCGCAGCAGUAUGGUGUCCACAGAGAGCGCCUCUUCCACAUACGAGGAGUUAGCCCGUGCCUACGAACACGCCAAGAUGGAGGAACAGCUGCGACACGCAAAGUUCACAAUCACAGAAUGCUUCAUCUCAGACACUUCCUCAGAGCAGAUGACCGCCGGGACCAAUGACUACACAGACAGCCUGACGUCCAGCACACCGUCAGAGUCCGGCAUCUGCCGAUUCACCGCCUCCCCACCCAAACCACAGGAUGCCAAUAGGGUCAUGAAUAUGGCCGUGCCCAAAGCACACAGACCCGCAGGUGAACUGGUCCAUCUACCCCCUUACCUACGCAUGGACUUCCUGCUGAACCGGGGAGCGCCCUCUUCAGGUCGGGAGGCCACAGGACAGACUUGUAUGGACCCACAGAAGAGCCGAAUGCCUAAGCGGCCGGCCCUGCUGGUCCCCACACCCUCCGAGACCCCCUCAUCUGCCCUCUCGUCCUCCGGCCCUCCCAGCAAAGAGGCCGUACAGCAGUGGCAGCCGGGAACUUCGUCCACACUGCCACAGCGUGAGCCAGGCGACCUUGCCCAGGCCGCCAAACUCAGCAGCUCCCAGGAAUCGCUGCUAGACUCCAGAGGACACCUAAAACAAAGCAACAAUCCCUACGCAAAGUCCUACACACUGGUAUAACACAGGACUAUAGCUAUGGACCACUCUGCACUGUCACACACAAACACACACAUGAGGAUCUGCUGCAAAUACGAGCGCAUUUCCGAUUCAGAAAUGAGUCCUGUACAUACAUUCUGAAUUUCUAAAGAAGUGGAUAGUUUUCUUUGCAUCUUUCUUUCUAUCUAUCUCACUCUUUCUGCUGUUUUUUAUUUUACACUUUCUUUCAACUUCUCUUGCCCUGUUUUCUGACUAAGUUGGAUUUUUUACGUAAUCAUUCAUUUAUUUUAAAUACCACCGUUAUGAAGAUUGCCAAAAUUAUUUAUUUAAAUUGACAGAGGAACUACUUUUGAAUUUAUAUCAAGGAUAAUUAUAUAGUCACUAUUAUUAUUAUUCUAUAAAAAUAGAGAAAACUAUAAAAAAAAAAAAAAAAAAAUGGUUUAAAAAAGGCGGGUGUGGUGAGAUUUUACAAGAAGAUGUUGCUUUCUAUAUCCAUGACUUUUGUUUUUGUUUAAACAAGGAGGUGCAACCGGCACGUUUGUUGCCAUUUAUCAUGGCAACACGUCCGACGAUCACCAAGGACAUGGAGGAAGGAUUACGAGUCCAACGUGGGAGACACACAUCCACAUUUUCAAGUCGUCUCAGAAUGUUGUGCUUUCUAAGGACUGCAUGGGGACCUAAAAAUAGAAAAUAAAUUCCAAAAGAGACUUUUGUCACACUAAUGACGGUAUAUGUUAUAAUACAUGUUAUAAUAUACAUAAAAAUAUAUACAGUGUGUGUAUAUACAGCUCUGGAAAAAAUUAAGAGACCACUGCAAAAUUAUCAGUUUCUCUGGAUUUACUAUUUAUACUGUAGGUAUGUGUUUGAGUAAAAUUAC